AUGUUAUUCUUCUUCAAAUAUUCUGCGGUCCUGCGGAUUAUCAAGGCGUGUGAACACUGUCACAGAUUGAAGAGAGAGAAGAAGAAGCAGAAGCUGAUAGAGAAGAAGGGAAUUAAGACCUUGUUCAGAUCUCAAAUGCACUUCAUGAUUCAGAACCUUGAGAAGACAGCCCUGCUCUCUGAGCAUAUCAAUCUGCUUGCUGCUGAGGUGGAACCUGAGGCAGCAGACCAGAAAAUGCGGGAUUUUGAGGUACAGGUUGAUCUGGCUAGAGAGAAGCAGUGA